AUGAAGUUGCUGCUACUUUUCACUGCUCUUACAUCACUUUCCCGCCAUGCCAAUGGAUAUUACCCUCUAUUCACCUUGACGGCUUCGUUCUUCGACGAUCUCGGCCCCGAAGUCGACCGCAAAUUCGUCGUCGACAUUUCGGACGGGGCCAGUUUUGUGGUGGACAGAGACCUCUACUUCGAGAAGACCGGCAUCAACAACACGUUCGCAAAUAAGUAUUCAAAUACUUUUUUCAAACUCUACGGCUUCGCCAACACAUACAAUCUUGUAUACAACCGACAAAUCUCAACAGUUCUCGGAAUCCUCGGCCAAGACCGUGUGAAAAUUCAUGGUAACGUUGUGAAAGAUGCGUCAUUCGCGGUAGCGACUAGAUCAAUGCUCUACAGUGACUGUGCAGCGCAGGAUCUGUCUGGUCGCUACGUGGCCGGGAGAAUUGGGUUUGCCCGAGAGAAUGUGACAGAGAUCGAUUUGAAGGGCCAUUUCUUGAGAAAUGCCGGUGGCAAUAACCUGUGCUUGUCAGUGGUUAAUGAUGACAAAGGGUGAGCAUUAACAACGUGGUUGUAUCAGUCUGUCGGGGAGAUAAUGCGGAUUUGUCGCAGCAAAAUGAGGCGCUGCGCAUAAGCAUUAUUUUUCUGAUAGGCUGAAAAAAAGUGGUGGUUUCACAGAGCCUUAUGUAGAAUCCUAGGGACCUCUGAAAACGAAGACCCCUCAUUUUGCAUUGUGAAAUGUGCGAAAAGUCACCUGGGCGAUCCACGUCAAACUGAGAUAAGCGAAAACGGUCCUGUGAAUGGAUUGGCAAUUCGCUGAAAAAAGGAGCAAAGAAACGUUUUGUCGCAUGUCGGGGAAGAAAUGGGGAAAUUUUGGGGCGAGAGAGAACGUUUUUUUCUCUGUCUUCUCUGUAAAAUCAAGACAAGUGUCAAAAACCAAUAACGAAAGGUCAAUUCCGGUCACCGGACUCUUCAGUUUGACGCGCGACCCUUCUUAUUUCGAUUAUCACCUCAAUUUUAAUGCCUUCCUUGCAGCCAGCUCAAGUCCAACGUCUCCUUGGGACCUCCUGUCUACAACAAAGCCGAAGUUAUAACUUCCUUCAAAUCACUCAACGACGAAAAAGAUAAGCGGGGACUAUGGCAAGUUCCCUUGGACUUGAUCAGCAUUGGGCGCUAUCGCGUUCGGCUAACCGUUCCAGCCGUUCUAAGCACCACGCUGGAUCAGAUCGCGGUUCCAAGAGAAAUUUUCUUUGCCAUCAACGAGGCAAUUAACGCCACACACGACGAAGAUACUCGGCGUUAUCAUGUCGAUUGUCGUCGAAAAAUCCCUGUAAAUUUGGGAAUAAACGGUAAGCUAUUGAAAGUGCCGUUUGAAGAAUGGACAGUACCCUAUAAAGGGCGAUGCUAUACGAAGAUUGGAAUGACCCUGAUUCCGGAGUAUGUGCUGGGAAACAGCUUCUUCUCCAGCAACGGAGUUUGUCUCGACUUUGAAGAGGAGACUAUCACGAUUUUUAAGCGCAAACGCAACGGACAUCCAUCUGUCGGGCUACUUGAUGGCGACGAAGAUGAAUUGAUCAUGUAUAAGAGAGAUCCCAUUGUUAAUAAGGGUAUUUAA